UCGCGCAUCUCGGCCCGACGACAUCGCAGUCCGGUAACGCCAGGGACACACGUGUGAUCGUAGACACCCUGUUGUGUGAUCGGGCGCUUUUCUCUCCCCUCCCCUCUCGCCUUUUUCCGCAGCGACGAAAACGUGAUCAUUUGAUUUUCCGUGGGACCGUUCUCGAUGAUCUCUCGGCAAUCGCGAUCGCUCGAUCUAAAUUUCUUCGAUUAAAGAUUUCGUCUUCAAAAUCGACGUCGGAUCAGCUGAUUCUCAUCGCGUCUGUCAUUAAAUCGCGACACGUGUCGCACGCGAUAUUUUAUUUGUUAUGUGUGUAGCGCGGUGGGAAGGAGGGUGAAGUGUUCAGAUACAUAUUUAUAAGUGAAACCAAGACACAAGAAAGGAAUUAAUCUGCCUUGCGAUCGGCGCUCGACAGAUUCCUCGAUGCGCCCUUCGUCAAGGGGUGAGAGUCGCACGUGGUGGAAAUUUGACAAUCUUUGACAAAAGCUCCGUAGUGAUUGCGGAGAGCUACGUAUAGUCGAUUAACGUGUGAAAAAAAAAAAAAAAUAAUCCAUCACCGACGAAUGGCCCCGCCGAGAUUGACAGCAAGGAUCAUGAAGAAAUCUUAUUUCGUUUUCAUAUGCCUGCUGGGCCUCGUCGUAAGCGACAACAGUACGAUCGGCGAUCAUUCGAUCGCAGAGGACGCCUCGGGGAUCAGCAACAUCGGUAACAAUCCCGCGGCCGGCGCCGUAGAUCAGAACACUGGCUGGGGAGAAUGGUCACCAUGGUCGAAGUGGUCGCCAUGUACGAGGACAUGCGGGGGUGGAAUCUCGCGUCAACAGCGUCGAUGCAGGCGUAAACCGUGCAAGGGCAGAGCCUGGACCACCAAAUAUAAAGUCUGCAAUGCUGAGCCCUGCGAGAAGUCCUCGGGCGAUUUUCGCGCCGCACAAUGCGCCGCCUUCAACAAUGUGCCAUACAGCGGACAACUGCUCAAAUGGUACCCCCAUUACGAUCCGGCUAGACCGUGCGCUUUGAUCUGCCGCGGCGAGCAAACCUUCGAGGAUGGCAUUGGAAGACGGUCGGGGCAGGAAGUGCCAUCGAACGAGAGGACGGCGGCGCACGAUUCCACGGACAGUCUUCAAUACGAUAACGACGAGACGAUAGUGGUGCAGUUGGCGGAUAAGGUCGAGGACGGCACGAGAUGUUAUGCGGAGAGCACGGAUGUGUGCAUAGGCGGCGAAUGUAUGAAGGUUGGCUGUGACCUUAGAGUUGGUAGUAACAAGAACACAGAUGCGUGUGGCGUGUGCGGAGGGAAUGGAUCAAGCUGCCAAUCGCGAUACUCCUGGAGUUUAGAAUCGAUAUCCGCCUGUUCCAAGUCCUGCGGUGGAGGUUUCAAGAUGGCGAUGACGGUGUGCAAAUCAGUUGGCAUCGAUGAGAGUGUCGUGGAGGACAGCUAUUGCGAUUCAAACAGCCGGCCAGAGAAGACCCUGAUGCCGUGCAACACGCACCCCUGCACGACGAAAUGGAUGAGCGGAGAAUGGAGCACGUGCAGCGCCAACUGCGGUGGUGGAUCGCGAACGAGGUCCGUCUUCUGCACCGAGGAGAACGGGAACGAAACUACGAAGCUACCCGACUACAAGUGCAGCGGCACACACAAACCGCGCACUCAGGAGACCUGCAACACCGUGUCCUGCCCGAUGUGGGAAACCGAUAAAUGGAGCGAGUGCUCCGUGACCUGUGGCACCGGAAUACGGACGAGGACGAUCGAAUGCAGAGACGGUGUUGGUGCCAUCUCCAGGGACUGCGACCCCGCGGAACGUCCUCAUACCGAACAGGAAUGCAAGACGAGCGUCGCUUGUCCCACGUAUGGAGACGGUAUGACGCAGCCCCUGGUGCAACAGUAUCCGCUAUCCCCGGUGUCGGAGAAGUUGAUGGACCAGCCAGUACCUUCCGAAUCAACGUAUAUAGCCGAGGAAUGGUCCCCUUGCAGCGUCACCUGCGGCGAGGGUGUCAGGCAUAGGGAGGUGCGCUGCAAGAUAUUUCUCGAGUUCAGUCAAACCAUUGCCAAACUACCCGACAACCAGUGCUCCGGUCAGAAGCCCGCCGAAACGGAGAAAUGCACGAUGGAGCCGUGCGGCUUACUGGAAAACAGUUUGUCCUACAGAAUCGACACUAUCGGUGACAGCGGAUACGCCGAAUCAAGUUUGACAGAUACAUAUAGUAGAUCAUCGUCGGGCAGUUCCGUCGGAAGCGGCUACGACAGCGGCAUCAAAGUCGCCCCAGGUAGCGAGGUACAGACUACAUACUCGUGGAAGGAAACUGGUUAUACCCCCUGCAGCGCCACUUGCUUAGGAGGUGUUCAAGAUCUUAUUAUAAACUGCGUGCGUGACGACACAGGGAAAACCGUGACGCCGCUUUUAUGCACCGCAGAAACGAAACCAGAGGCAAGGAUACGAGUUUGUAACGAUCAUCCGUGUCCGCCCAGAUGGAACUAUAGCGAAUUCUCCACAUGCAUGAGCCCCUGCGGUAUUGGUAUACAGACACGUGAUGUUACCUGCAUCCACGAGGUGACACACGGCACCGGCAAAGCAGUGCCCGUUCCAAAUUACAUGUGUCCGCAACCACCGCCCGCCGACAGACGAUACUGCAAUGUCUGGGAUUGUCCUAUCAAGUGGAACAUAGGAGAAUGGGGCAAGUGUUCAAAAACGUGCGGCGGUGGUGUGAAGAAACGAGAUGUAGUCUGCGAACAAAUAAUGGCGCAAGGUCGUAAGCAGAGUCGCGAGGAACGUGAAUGUCCAGCUCAAAAGCCAUCCAGCGAAAAACCUUGCAAUACCAGAGCCUGUCACAAUUCAGAUUUAAGUGUGCUACCAAUAAUCACUAGUUUGAAUACGACAUACAAUCAAACGGAUAUUAAUGCGAAGGUGGAUUUAAAAAUCGGCGGAAUCGCCAAGAUUUUUCAAGGGACAUCUUCUAUCAAAAUUCGCUGUCCUGUCAGAAAGUUCGACAAAGCACAGAUCGUAUGGAUGAAAGACAACAAAGAGUUACGGAAAUCAAGAAAAUACAAGAUUAGCAGGAAGGGAGCUUUGAAGAUAAUCGAUAUAGUUUCUUCUGAUUCAGGAAUAUACGCUUGUAUUGCUGGAGAUUCGCACGCAGAAACGCAGUUGAUAGUGAAAUUUCGUUCCAAAGAACAGAUAAGUAGUGAAGAAUAUUUACGACUCGGCAAUUCUGUUCACCUACAACGGAAUGCGAAUCUGGAUUCUGCACCAGCGAAUUCGGGCGAAAGCCCUUACGAUCAUGCAGCGGUCUACGGAAACCGUUUUGACAGCGAGGAUCUCAGCCAUGAACGUGCGUUUCCUAGCAAACCAACAAGAAAACCCCCAAAAAAGAAAACUAGUCCCGCUCCGUCAGAUGCCACGGUGAUGCAAAAAGAACACACUGUUACCUCUUUCAAUCAGCCGGGAUAUCAUGAAUCUGUGGAAUCACCCGUUACGUCAAGUGCUUCUGCUCUUGUACCACACUUGAGCUAUUUGGUAUCAAGCUUGAAGGCCUAUUGGCCGUUCCGCAGCGAAAUGGCCACAAGUAAUAAUCACAAGGUCAUUACCACGUCAUUCGGGGAUGAACAUAAAAGAUUGGCGGCGACGAAGCACAGAAUGUCUAAUAAGAAGACCGACUUCGUGUAUCAAAGUCUCGAAGAUAACUUUGACAAUCUGUACCGCAACACAGCUAUUCCUGACGAGACUUUUGGCCCAGACGAAGAGCGAAUAUUCAUCGACGUCGAUCCCUAUGACUUGAAUGAAUCUAUAUUCGGGCUACAAAACGGCGAUGUCAAAUCGACGUCCUAUAUAAUGGAGAAAGUGGAUACCGAGGUUAAUACGAACUCUGAUAUUGAUUAUAUCGAGGAAUCGCUAAAAAAUGUGAAACGGCAAUGGCAAGAGUCGCGAAACGAGUACAAAGAUCAAUGGAGUACCACGCCCAAAAGUCACGUUCAGAGUAGAGUUAUGACCGAGUCCGUUACGCCUCCGCGAAAUAGUGGGAUGGAUGUGUAUUAUGUCGAAGAGUCGAGCACGAAAAAGGAAAUAUUCAAGGAGAGGAGUAGUCUUAUUGACGAUAGUGAGAAGUCUAUCAAUCACGACGCCUACGGAAACUUGAGAAAAGAUUCAUCAAUCAUCACUUCGACAAUGAUGUCUAGAAGUCUCGAGGAUAAGUUAAGAAUACCGGAAUCGGACCACCGUAGUUUAAACCGUGCAAAUAAGACAAUUGAAUAUAGUGAUGCGUUUGAAGAGGAGUUAGAUAAGCGAAAAAUCGAACCAUAUGUGGAAAAUCAUACGACAGAUUAUACAAUCGUACGAUUUCCAGUUAGUAGAGACCUGGAAAAUAAAGCAAAAGAUGACGCGACGUUGAUAGAUGAUUGGAAGUCGCGGUUGUUGGAAGUUGUUGGAGAAGAUCCUGAUAAAUACGCAAAAAACUUAUCUCGCAAUCAAGAGGAUCAUUCUGGUUCUGUAGAGAAGACCUCUUUAGUUAAUGUAAAAGAGACCUCUAACGAAAGACAACGUACGGCCGAUGAAGAUAAGCCUGCGAAUGUUUUGACCUCCACUGUAAUGAGAGUAGAUAAUACAACGAAAGAUCCUGUUGUGGAAUCACUCGCUGCAUUAGGUAAGAGUCUUGAUUUGAUGAGUUAUAUUGCCUUGAUAGUUAAUGGUUCAAUAAUUAAACGAAAGACUUAUAAUGCAGCUGCGGACAAUGUUCUGAUGUUUGAAUGGAUCACGACUGACUGGUCAAAAUGUUCUCAAACUUGCGGAGGAAGCGGAUUUCAGAUGCGAGGUGCACAAUGUACAGUACGAUCAAAAAGAUUGGACGGCGAUUCCAAACCCUCGCCGGCAACAGUUAUCGGUCAAAAAUUAUGCGAGGACGCCGGACAUCCCGUACCCCAGAAGGUAAGACCUUGCGGAAGGGGCAGGUGUCCUCAAUGGCACGCGACAGAGUGGACCCCGUGCGAAACAUCGAGAUGCUUCAAUUGGAAAACAGCGAUGCAGAAACGAGACGUUAGCUGCCGUUUGGUGUACGAUACGGAAGAAGACGGUCAAAAGAAUUUCACGUUGGUGGAUCCGGGCAAAUGCGACGAAGCCACGAAGCCGUUACAAAGACAGGAAUGCUACAAUGAUGCUUGCAAAGGUGUCUGGAGAGUCGGCGAAUGGACUGAGUGUACUGCGUCUUGUGAAGAAGAUGGUAUUAAAUAUAGGAUUCUGCAAUGCGUAUGGUUUGGCACAAAAAAACCGGCGGGAAACGCCUGUAGAGAUAUACCACGACCUCCUGUAAUGAAAACGUGCAGAGGUCCGCCUUGUCCGCCUGGUCCUCAAUCUCCCGAAGAUUGCAAGGACCAUUCGCAAUUGUGUAGCAGAGUGAAAAUAAUGAAUAUGUGCAAGGUGCCGCUAUACAAGAAACAGUGCUGCGCGUCGUGUCACUAAGAGUCUGAAAAAAAUUGAUAAGUAAGUGACUCAUUGUGACAAAAUGAGCGAUAACGAAACAGUGCGCAUGAGACAGAGAGUGCAAAUCGUGAUUAGUCGAACAAUUACUUGACAUAUGUAAACGCACCCGGGAUGCCUGUUAGUAAAUUAUGUAAUGCACAUGAAAAGAGCGCGCGUAUUACUGUGGAAUAAUAUAUUGCACGGUUAUUGCAAUGUCCGAUUUACAUAGAUAAAAACUAUCCAAGAAAGAAGUUGACCAAAACUACUUCGCUGUAAUAGUUUCCUCGUCGUAUCGUCGCGAGAACUCAUUCACCUCCUUGCCUCGAAUGUUCCUCAUGUAAUAAAGAAAAACCCGCCAAUCUUAACACAGUUUCUAAUUAAUUAAAUCAUAAUUUUCUAACGUAUGUCACACAUAGUUUGGAGCGAAUUCUUAUAUUUAUGCACUCAUAUUAUCCCUGGUUAAAAAAAAAAGACAGAAAAGAAAAUGAAAAUCUAGUAUUCGUCCAAGAAAGAUGAAAACGUUAUAUUGUUAUAAUAGUUUGAUGAAAAAAAGAGGACAUUAGAAACUUAUUUGCUAUGUGGAAAGAACGUUAUUGCGAUAUAUUAUUGAAAACAACACGUUAUUAAAUGUUAUCAAUGUUGGUGCUUUAAAUCGGACGGUAAAUGGCUUUAAGCAAAAUUAUAUUUAAAUUUUAAUAAAACGCUAAGAUCCUGAAAAGUUGGAAAGCACGAUUUAUUUGUAUCGCAAAACAUUAAAAACAUUCCUUCUUGUGAUUUAUCUUUUAUAUAUCUUCUCCACGUUAAACAUAAUUAUUUCUAUUAUAUUAUUUCUAAAGCUGAGAAAAAUCAUCCUUUAAGACUGAAACGUUUGUCUCUUUGCAUAUCAUUAUUUUUGGGCAUUAACACAAACAAAACCUUGUUAUAUGUUCCAAAGAAAAUAAUUUUACAUUACAUACAUUAUAAAUUAAUAUGAAUAUAUUUUCGCUCUGUCUUUAUAUUUAAUAUCAAUAUAUUAUCUUUAUAUUCAAUAUCAAUAUAUUAUCUUUAUAUUCAAUAUCAAUAUAUUAUCUUUAUAUUCAAUAUCAAUAUAUUAUCUUUAUAUUCAAUAUCAAUAUAUUAUCUUUCUUUAUGUUUGUACAUUCCGUUAUAAAUUAUUGUGAAUGUAAGAUGUAAAAUUAUUUAAAAAUAUAAGUUAUGAAUGAAUUAUAUUAUGCGCCUAUAUAAACGUCCCUUCGGGCGAUCUCUUAAGCCAAUAGAUCCUAAGAGCAAUAAAAAAUAUAUAAGUAUUGUAAUAUAAUAUUUUGUUAAUAAUCUCUGGCGAAAAUUCGUGAACAUGACUGUUCCAUUGUUUGUUAAAGAACCUGAUUUUAAUUAUGUGUUUCUAAUCACUUCAAUCUAGACAUUAUCGCGUAAUUAUGAGUGUUUAUUUAUCACGUAUUUAUAUUUACAAAACUCAUCGAUAAAAUUUAUAACUCGAUAUUUUCAAUAAGAGUGAAAUAAGAAUUAGAUGUCUAUAUAUAUAUAUAUUAUGAUUUGAUAAGAUUGUGAACAGAUUUUCGCUAUCAACGAAUUUGCCUCGACACAACUAAGCAGUUUGCCAAAACGAGCUGACGUAAAUAAAAUAAAAUAAAAUAAAUUAGAGUAAAAUAUAUAAAUUAAAAUCAAGAGAGAUAAAAAGUAUAUUAUGAGCUACACAUAUAAAUUAUCGAAAUAAAUUACCGAAAUGCACGCAUAUGUGAAUACAACUUUAUAUGUUAAUAUAUAAAUGAAACUAAAAUAUACAGUGAAUUUUGAGUACACCGGAUGUAACAAAAGUCGAAACAUUUCUCUUAAUAACGCAUUGCUUAUAUAAUUGAGAGAUAAUACAUGACUUUUAAUACAUCCUCUAUAAACAUUUGGCAAUAUAUAAACUAUCAUCAAUUUGCCAUGUUAUGUAUAUCACUGUCAUGUUUUAGUAAGCAUUUAAAUAAUAUUUAUCUUACUGCAUAUAAUCCCAUUAUUAUUACUGAUCGACAUAGUAUAUCAUCAAAAAAAGAUAAAUUAUUUUCCAGUUAAUUAACAUAAUAUCACGACAACUCUUAAAAAGACAAUGAGUUCUAAUAUACAUUUUUGUAUAUAUCACAAUGUAGGUAUGUAAAAUGGCUCCACACUUAGUAUUGUACCUAAGCAUUACUGUUCAUGAUAUCUAUGUAAAUAUGUAACUGCCUAAAUGCGAAUAAAAUAAGAGAAUAUAUCACUGCACAUAA